UUAGUAAUCUUUAUUCUGAGAAGAAAAACAGUGAGAGGGAAUGAUGUGCUGAUUCUGGGUUUGUGCAACUCUGGUAAAACACUCUUGUUCACUCGGUUGUUGGUAAAUAAAGUUGUUGACACCUACAUAUCUGUGAAAGAAAAUAAAUCAUCUCUUACAUUCAACAAUCACAAGUCUUUAAAUAUCAUUGACAUUCCUGGCUCUGACAGUAUCAGAUUACGAAUUUUUGACCAAUACAUUUUGUUUAUUUUCAGAGCAAUUAUCUUUCUCAUUGAUGGCUCAACUAUACAAAAAGAAAUUAAGAAUGCAGCUGAGUAUUUGUACACGGUACUGACAGAUAAUCUAAUAAUGAGUAAUCAAGUUCCAUUAUUGAUAGCAUGUAACAAGCAGGAUUUGGGCUUUGCAAAGGGUUCCACACUCAUCAAAAGUGCUCUUGAAAAAGAAUUGAACCAAUUGAGGCAUACAAAGUCAGCAGCCCUAGAUGGAGUAGACGGAAAAUCUUCGACGUCCAAUUGUCUUGGCAAUCCAAGAAAAGAUUUUUCAUUUUCUGAUCUGAAAAAAAAUGAAACACAGUUUAUUGAAAUAAGUUGUAAAAGAAUUAAUGAAGACAGCAGUGACGUUGAGUCGGUGAAAGAGUGGAUAUCAAAUGUUUGA